AUGCUCUUGGGCGUCCGGGGAGAGCAUCGCGACGCUCUGGGGCGUCCGGGGAGAGCAUCGCGACGCUCCGGGGCGGUUGGGGAGAGCAUCGCGACGCUCUGGGGCGUCCGGGGAGAGCAUCCCGACGCUCUGAAGCGUCCGGGGAGAGCAUCGCGAUGCUCUGGGGCGUCCGCGGAGAGCAUCGCGACGCUCUGGGGCGUCCGGGGAGAGCAUCGCGAUGCUCCGGGGCGGCUGGGGAGAGUAUCGCAAUGCUCUGGGGCGUCCGGGAAGAACAUCGCGACGCUCUGGGGCGUCUGGGGAGAGCAUCGCGACGCUCUGGGGCGUCCGAGGAGAGCAUCGCGACGCUCUGGGGCGUCCGCGGAGAGAAUCGCGACGCUCUGGGGCGUCCGGGGAGAGCAUCGCGACGCUCUGGGGCAUGCGGGGAGAGCAUCGCGACGCUCUGGGGCGUCCGGGGAGAGCAUCGCGACGCUCUGGGGCGUCCGGGGAGAGCAUCGCGACGCUCUGGGUCGUCCGGGGAGAGCAUCGCGACGCUCCGGGGCGGUUGGGGAGAGCAUCACGACGCUCUGGGGCGUCCGGGGAGAGCAUCCCGACGCUCUGAAGCGUCCGGGGAGAGCAUCGCGAUGCUCUGGGGCGUCCGCGGAGAGCAUCGCGACGCUCUGGGGCGUCCGGGGAGAGCAUUGCGAUGCUCCGGGGCGGCUGGGGAGAGUAUCGCAAUGCUCUGGGGCGUCCGGGAAGAACAUCACGACGCUCUGGGGCGUCUGGAGAGAGCAUCGCGACGCUCUGGGGCGUCCGAGGAGAGCAUCGCGACGCUCUGGGGCGUCCGCGGAGAGAAUUGCGACGCUCUGGGGCGUCCGAGGAGAGCAUCGCGACGCUCUGGGGCGUCCGGGGAGAGCAUCGCGACGCUUUGGGGCGUCCGGGGAGAGCAUCGCGACGCUCUGGGGCGUCCGGGGAGAGCAUCGCGACGCUCUGGGGCGGUUGGGGAGAGCAUCGCGAUGCUCCGGGGCGGCUGGGGAGAGCAUCGCGAUGCUCUGGGGCGUCCGGGGAGAGCAUCGCUACGCUGGCGUCAGAGGAGAGCAUCGCGUCGCUCUGGGCGGCGGGGAGAGCAUCGCCACGCUCUGGGGCGUCCGGGGAGAGCAUCACGACGCUCUGGGGCGUCCGGGGAGAGCAUCGCGAUGCUCUGGGGCGUCCGGGGAGAGCAUCGCGACGCUCUGGGGCGUCCAGGGAGAGCAUCGCGAUGCUCCGGGGCGGCUGGGGAGAGCAUUGGAUGCUCUGGGGCGUCCGGGGAGAGCAUCGCAACGCUCUGGGGCGUCCGGGGACAGCAUUGCGACGCUCUGGGGCGUCCGGGGAGACAUCGCGACGCUCUGGGGCGUCCGGGGAGAGCAUUGCGACGCCCUGGGGCGUUCGGGGAGAGCAUCGCGACGCUCUGGGGCAGCUGGGGAGAGCAUCGCGACGCUCUGGGGCGUCCGGGGAGAGCAUCGCGAUGCUCUGGGGCGUCCGGGGAGAGCAUCACGACGCUCUGGGGCGUCCGGGGAGAGCAUCGCGAUGCUCCAGGGCGGCUGGGAAGAGCAUUGGAUGCUCUGGGGCGUCCGGGGAGAGCAUCGCGACGCUCUGGGGCGUCCGGUGAGAGCAUCGCGACGCUCUGGGGCGUCCAAGGAGAGCAUCGCUGCUCUCUGGGUCGUCCGGGGAGAGCAUCGCGACGCUCUAGGGCGUCCGGGGAGAGCAUCGCGACGCUCUAGGGCGGCUGGGGAGAGCAUCGCGAUGCUCUUGGGCGUCCGGGGAGAGCAUCGCGACGCUCUGGGGCGUACAGGGAGAGCAUCGCGAUGCUUUGGGGCGUCCGGGGAGAGCAUCGCGACGCUCUGGGGCGUCUGGGGAGAGCAUCGCGAUGCUUCGGGGCGUCCGGGGAGAGCAUCGCGACGCUCUGGGGCGUCCGGGGAGAGCAUCGCGACGCUGUGGGCCGUCCGGGGAGAGCAUCACGACGCUCUGGGGCGUCCGGAGAGAGCAUCGCGACGCUCUGGGGCGUCCGAGGAGAGCAUCGCGACGCUUUGGGGCGUCCGGGGAGAGCAUCACGACGCUCUGGGGCGUCCGGAGAGAGCAUUGCGAUGCUCCGGGGUGGCUAGGGAGAGCAUCGCGAUGCUCCGAGGCGUCCGGGGAGAGCAUUGCAACGCUCUGGAGCGUCCGGGAAGAGCAUCGCGACGCUCUGGGGCGUCUCGGGACAGCAUCGCGACGCUCUGGGGCGUCCGGGAAGAGCAUCGCGACGCUCUCGGUCGUCCGGGGAGAGCAUCGCGACGCUCUGGGGCGGAGGGGAGAGCAUCGCGACGCUCUGGGGCGUCCGGGGAGAGCAUCACGACGCUCUGGGGCGUCCGGGGAGAGCAUCGCGAUGCUCUGGGGCGUCCAGGGAGAGCAUCACGGCGCUCUGGGGCGUCCGGGGAGAGCAUCGCGAUGCUCCGGGGCGGCUGGGGAGAGCAUCGCGACGCUCUGGGGCGUCCGGGGAGAGCAUCGCGACGCUCUGGGGCGUCCGGGGAGAGCAUCGCGACGCUCUGGGGCGUCCGGGGAGAGCAUUGCGACGCUCUAGGGCGUCCGGGGAGAGCAUCACGACGCUCUAGGGCGGCAAGGGAGAGCAUCGCGAUGCUCUCGGGUGUCCGGGGAGAGCAUCGCGACGCUCUGGGGCGUCCGGGGAGAGCAUUGAGACGCUCUGGGGCGUCCGGGGAGAGCAUCGCGAUGCUCUGGGGUGUCCGGGGAGAGCAUCGCGCACUCUGGGGCGUACGGGGAGAGCAUCGCGAUGCUCCGGGGUGGCUGGGGAGAGCAUUGGAAUGCUCUGGGGCGUCCGGGGGGAGCAUCGCGACGCUCUGGGGCGUCCGGGGAGAGCACUGCGACGCUCUGGGGCGUUCGGGGAGAGCAUCACGACGCUCUGGGGCGUCCGGGGAGAGCAUCGCGAUGCUCCGGGGCGGCUGGGGAGAGCAUCGCGACGCUCUGGGGCGUCCGGGGAGAGCAUCGCGGCGUCCAAAGAGAGCAUCGCGACGCUCUGGGUCGUUCGGGGAGAGCAUCGCGACGCUCUAG